AUGGUUGGAACAAUUCGAAAAAAUAAACGUGAAAUUCCUCCAUUUAUGACAGUAGCAAAAGUCUGUCCUGUAGAAUACAGCAUUUUUGCAUUUAGGAAGAAUAUGACACUGGUUUCAUAUAAACCUCAGAAAGAUAAGGUUGUUCUGGUACUGUCUAUUUUACAUGAUGAUGGCAGUAUUGACAGUGAUUCAGAAAAGAGCAAGCUGGAAAUAAUAACAUUUUACAACGAGACUAAAUCUGGUGUGGAUAAAGUUGAUGAGAUGAAAUGUACAUACUUUGUGACAAGAAUUACCAGAAGAUGGCCAUUUAUAAUUUUUUCCUCUCUUCUAAAUAUUGCUGGAAUCAAUGGAUACAUAAUUUACAAGAGCAAUUCGGAUUCAACAAUUCCCAGAAAAGACUAUCUAAAAGUUCUUGCCAAAGAACUGUUGCAUUAUUAA